AGUUCCUAUUUAUUUUGAUAUUUUGUCGGUUCAGUAGUACUCAUUUUCUUAAACAUUACUUAAAUAUGAAAUUUACUUACGUAAGCCAGUAUACAAUUUGUUGUCAUUAUGCCAUUGACUGUUGGUGACAUCGAACGAACGGAGCGCGCUCAUAAACGUAGUAUAUUUAAGCGUAAUGAACAAGUUAAUAAUAUUGAAACGCUGAUAAACUUAGUCAAUGAAGCUGAAUAAAAUAUGGAUGCUAAACUCGUUCUUCAAACUUUGAUCUUAAAUUAUAGGUCGCUGUAAUCACGAGGGUUGAGGAGCCUAAACGGUUUGUGACCAAUAACUUCUGAAAUAUACUUCUCCUCGGAUUUCGAUAUGACCGAAAUCCUUUGGCCGUCAUACCUCAAUUCAGGGACGAUGAAAUGCGCGUCGUAACCUGAAAGAUUGUGUAAGAAGCACGGCACAAAGUUGACUUUCACUUUCAGGUUACACGUAUUGCACAACGUCUGUCUGAAUCGGCCCGAUAAGUGGCAGUGGUCUACAACUUUAGGGUUGAAUCUUUGAAUCUACGGCACAAAUCGCAUACCACUUUCUCCCUGUGCCUGUGCACAUCAUUGACAGACAUCCGGAUGGGAACGUUGGUGUUGUGCAACAAUUUGGAAAUGUUGCGCGUCACUUCCGUUAUAGCCAUUACGAAUGCCUCGGCGUCCUCUUUGCGUUCCUCGGACCUACGGUAUAUCACCGGUGAUUGCGGUAUAUCGUUCGAAGAGCUCGGAAAGCACAUCAUUCGAUGUUUUCGCCAUAAAUCCGUAGCUCAUGUGAUGGUGUGUGUGCACAGUCCUAGUGUAGGCCCCAUACAAUCGUCUGUUUGCUCCAGCAAGGCCUUAAAACCUUUGCGUUUAUACCCAUGCGUCAAAUUCAACCUUACUGCGUUUUUUAUAUCAAACAUUUUAAUUUAUGAUUUAAAAUUUUUAUGGUAAAUUUAAUAAUACACCAGAAAAUAAUUGUUUAAAUAUUUGUUGACUUGGUUCCAUAACUAAAUGUAGAAAUGAACAUACAUACGUGAUAUAAUAAAUACAUUCAUACAGAUUUUAAAAAUACAAAAAUUGUCUGUAGAAUUAAAAUAUCUAAAAAACGUUUUUCAAUAAAAUUAAAUAUCAUAGAAAUGAUAUGUUUAAAAUUUAUCUAUGUUUUAAUUUUCUUAAUGCCAAUUUAUGUCAAGUAUUUUACGGAGGCUAAAAAAGCAUCAAAACCAGCUAUCCUCAGACAUCUUUUUAAAAAUGAUGGAUGGAAAAAUUUAAAUGACGUAAGUGAAGUAAAAUUUUUAGGUUUUACUUAUUAUUUAAAUGAUUUAUUUGAGAAGGACACUAAUUUUUUAAAUGCUGACGGUCAAAUACGAACUGCUACAAUAUUCCUUGCGGUUUCACAUGGCAUUGUUUUAAAAAAACUGUUCUACAUUGUUGAUAAAUUUCGAGAAUAUUGUGAUAGCUUAAUAGACAAUAAUAAAAUUGAUGAACAUGAUAAAAUCAAUUGUAUAAAUAAAUUAUUAAACACAAUACAAAAUAUAUUAUCAUUGGCAAAGAAAAUGGAAGGAGCAAUUGAUGUUAUAGAUGUUAUGCAUAGUAAUUCAUUGAAGUCGUCAAAAAGAUUUAAAGAAAAUUACAUUUUAAAAAAAAUGUUCUAUGAAUUGCGAAAUUUUGAAGAUAAAUUACAAUCAAAGGAGCUGCUAGCCAAAACUAUUUUAUUCAUUAUAAAAAAUUUUUUUUCUGGGAGAAUUAGAGAUAUAAUACAUAGUUUACGCCAGCAUGCUAAGUUGAUAUUUGAAGAUCGAGAAUUAUUCAUAGACAGAAUAAUGAAAGAAUACAAGGAGAAUCCAUUGGAAGAUACUGGUGGACAUAAAUUAAUUAAUCAUCUUAUUACAAAAAUAAAUGAAAUUAUUGAAGAUACAGUUCAAAAAAAGAUUUUUGAGCUAGGUUUUAAGUAUAAUGUAAUAACCGGCGAAGUUUACAUAACGACAUCAUGCGAAGAUAUUAAAAACGAAAACAAAAACAAAGAGGUCCUGAAAAGUAAAGUAAAUACAUCAUCAUCAAUACAGAUUAAUUAAUUAAAAUAAGGUACAAUAUUUAUACUUUUGAAUAUAAUAUAUCGAAAACUCAUAUACAUUAUUUACAUUUUUUCGUAUCAUAUUUUAUAAUCGUUUGUAUUAUGUUUAAUAUUAUUUUAAGUGCUUCUCAAGGUUAAUAUUUUCGUUACGUGCAAAAUAUUUGUUUGUUUGAAAAAUAAAUUAUUUUCCUAACAACAUUUUUAUUUGAUUAACAAAAAAACAAAAUUGCACGAUGUAUAUUACAUUAAAUUUGUUGAAUAUACAAGGAUUUUUUUUAGUUCGGCUUUGUAAGUUUUUUUAUUAUAUUCUACGAAACAUACAACUAAAGUUUAUACUAAAGUUAACAAUGAUUGAUAAAAAGGGAAUACAAGCUAGACAAUUCACAUGUACGAAGUGAGUAUACAGUAGUUUUAUUGUUGUAUAUCACCCAAAACACCACUAGGAGUAUAGUAUAUCCUCCCACUUAAGCUGAAUAAUACAUUGAUACUAGUAGCUUUAUUAUAAAAAUUAUGCAUUUUUUGUGAAUCUAAAACUUAAAAUCUCGAUACUUUAUAAUUUAUAUUAACAAUAAAGUUAUAAUUUAUAGGAUAUUAAGUAAAAUUUUACAUCGAUAACUGAUUCCUACAAUGUUGAUAAAGCUAUAGACAUCAUAAGUUUUAUGUAUCUCAAAAUUCGGUAGCAAAGUGUUGUAAAAUACUUAAUGUAUCUAUCCUAUGAUAUCCUUAAUGUUUUAUAUUAAUAUUUCAAGAGUAUGUAAGUAUUAAUGUCAAAACUGAGAAAGGGGGAAUAUAAUUUUUUUUAAUAAAACUAGUUCUUAAAAACAAACAUUUUUAU